AUGGAAAACUACGACCAUUAUUGUUCCAACGACGUUCGUUGUCGUGAUAGUGAUACAUCUGAUGCUGAAUCGGAUUAUGCUCAAGAUGACAGCAAUUCGGUGUCCAGUGCGUUCCAAAGUUCAGAUGAUGGGGAUGGCGAUGCUAAUAGUCACAACGAUGAUUUUGGUGAAUUAGAUGCAGCUGUAGGUGAUAGAAAGGUGAAUAUUAACGCCCUUACUGCUGAUGAAAUUCGUGCUAUGGAAUUCGGUACGGUUGAUGAAGCAUAUGAAUUUUAUUUUAACUAUGGGUGCAACCACCACUCUCAGACGACAGAUACGUAUAAGUGGUUGUUGGAGUGUUUUUUAGAGUGCAUGAAUGAUAAGUACCUAGAAGCAGUUGUAACAGACGGAGAUGAGGCGAUGAGGGGAGCUAUAAAACAAGUGUUUCCGGAUGCGACACAUCGUUUAUGCACUUGGCAUUUGAAUAAGAAUGCAGGUGAGAAUGUAAAGAACUCAGGAUUUUUGCAAGGUUUUCAAAAAGCCAUGUACUCUAAUUUUACAAAGGAUGAGUUUGAAGAUUUUUUGUCAGAGCUAAUUAAAGACAACGAACCUGAAGGAAAUCCUUGGGUUGUAAAAACGUACGAGAACAAGUCACUGUGGGAAACUGCAUAUCUACGUGAGAGGUUUUUUGGAGGUAUAAGAACUACGUCUCAAUAUGAAGCCGUCAAUGCAAUCAUCAAGAGUUAUGUUAGGAAAAAAGGCCGCAUUUUUGAAUUUAUGCACAAUUUUGAGCAGGCUUUGAGAUCUUAUAGAAACAAUGAACUGGUCUCCAAUUUUAAAUCAUAG